UUUCUCAACUCUUCUCUCUAAAAUGGCGACGCCAUCUCCUCUCCCUCCUCCAACAGUGAAUCUCUGUACCGUCUUAACGGAAUCAAAACGGAUAAUCAACGCCCACUCACGCCACUUCCUCGCCCUCUCCGUCCUCUUCCUCCUCCCUCUCUCCUUCUCCGUCACCGUCUACCCUUCCGUCUCCCGCCUCAUCCUCCACCAAUCCUCCUCUCCUCACAACAGCGUCUCCCUCCUCCGCUCCACACUCCAAAACGACGCCGUCGACACCAAAACCCUCCUCCUCCUCCUAAUCCCUUACAUCCUCCUCGUCACCGUCCUCAACCUCUUAGCCAUCGGAUCAAUCACUUACAGCGUGUACCAAGGCUUCUACGGCCGCCCCGUGAAACUCAUCUCGGCUGUUAGAUCAAGUGUCAGAUCAUUCCUCCCUCUUCUCGCUACUCUAAUCACUUCCAAUUUAAUCGUAAUUGCGAUUUUCUCGAUUCUAGGGUUUGCAGCUUUCUUGCUAACUCGUUUAAUCAAUUUCGAUCAAGUUUCAACUGUUGUAAUAGUAAUCUCACUCGCAGUCGUAGUCAGACUCUAUGUUAAAUGGAUCCUCUCCUGGGCCGUUGUGGUUAUCGAGUCUUCUUGGGGUUUAACUCCGUUGAAGAGAAGCAGAAGUUUGAUCGAAGGGAUGGAGAGUGUUUCUAUGUCUAUGAUCCUCGUCUUCGCCGUGGCGCAGUUUGGUUUUUUCUGGAUCAGUACUGUGUCUGCUUCUUCUGGUCAGAUGGAUGAUGGUGGGAAGCUGUGGAUCGUGGUGCAGUUCGUGGUGACGUCAGCGGUUCUAACGGUUUUGAUGUUGUAUUAUGUGGCGGCGACGACUGUGAUGUAUAUGUACUGUAAAGCUGUGCGUGGAGAGCUUGCUUGGGAGAUUGCUGAGUAUGUGAGUUUGCCGUUUGAUGAUGGGAAAGUUCCUCAUUUGGUCUCUGUGGCUUACAACAAUGUAUGAUGGUUUAUGAUGAUGAUGAUAAUGAAGGUUUUUUAAGGGUUUAGGGUUUAAAAAGUCUGUGUAUGAUAAAGCUAGUUUGUGUAUUAACUUCCUUUGUGUUUGACUGAAUCGGACAGGGUUUGUGUUUGUGUCUUGAUGAUUCUAAGGUUUGGUAAUGUGUAUGAAUGAUCUUUAGUUUGUGGAUUAUGAGUGAUUUGUGGUACAAUAUGUUAUAAAUGCAUAUUAUAAUCAAGAUUUAUGCGGAAUCAUCUUCCAUGG